UUUCAGGUCAAACCGCCUUACAUCAAUUCCGUUUAAUAAAUUCCUCGUAUUCUUAUCGACGUUUAUCGGGAAAACGAUACAUAAUGAAACUGUUGGAUGUCUGUGUUAAAUUUACCAGAUUAUAACGUUGAUAAUCGAACUCUGACAUUCUAAGCCGUUAUAACGGACCUUACGAAAUGGAACUUAGUGGAGAAAUAUUCAAGAACAAAGUUAAUAAGGGGGAACAUGAUGAAGAGACGCAUAUUAUUCCAAAGAAAGAACGCACAUACCCUCUCACCAGGGGACGUCAAGCAGCGGUUCUCAUCGCUUGCAUGUACAUGCAUCUCAUGUCCCUUGGCUUUACGCAGUUUCUUGGAGUCGUGUACGUUGAGCUCGUCCGAUAUUUCGACACUCAGCGCUCGCUCGCGGCGCUCGUGCAGAGCGUGUACCAGGGGAUGAUAAACAUCGGUGGUAUCGCGUUCUCAUUUAGCGUUGCGCGGUUUGGCGUCGGCGUCCCAACGAUGAUGGCGUCAGUUGGGGGAGCUCUAUCGCUCAUAAUUACUGUGGCUUCUGUGAAUAUUAACAUGGUGAUUGUGUUCAUUGGAUUGAUAUGCGGGAUGGCCAUGAGUAAUAACUAUCUCUGUGCGUUUGUCGCGGUCGGAUGGACUUUCAAGACACACAGACGCUCAGCUCUCGGAGCGCUCACGAUGGCGACGGCUGUUGGGCAGACGGUGCUUCCUCAGAUAGCGGAAUCCGUUAUAAGCAGCUACAGCUGGCAGAGUGCGUGUCUGAUUGCCAGCGGCCUCAUGCUGAACGCUCUCCCGUGCGGACUCAUUCUUCAUUUUUCUCGGAAAUACUACACUAAAACAGAUUUAAAUACACAGAACGCCGGUGUUAAAGUCUGCACAUGUAGCUCAAAGAAAGAUAUUGCGUUUAUCUUAUUUGUUAUAGCGUGUACGCUAUAUCCGGGCACUGGUGCCGUUGAAAUGUGGUUUAUUGUUGAUCUUACUGUACUUCGGGGCUAUGGGCGUCAGGCAGGAACGGACCUAUCAUCGCUUCUUGGAGUGUUCGGCCUCUGUGGACGAUUUGUUGGUACCAUGUUCAUGAAACUCUUCCCAACAAUUAGUGCCGCACUACCUAUGGCGGUUGCAUUCGAAUUUUUCGGGCUUGGUCACUUUCUCGUAAUAUAUUUCACUGGUUACUACGAGAUGAUCGGCGGGAGCGUGUUCCGCGGCAUCGCUAUCGGCUGCUUGUGGAGCCUACAGCCCGGGAUGCUUCUGGAGUUGCGGGGGCUAGACCGCUUUCCCAGGGCCGUAGCAGUAUGCAACCUUCUGAGUGGGAUUGGGCAGAUCAUUAGCGGCUACCUCGGGGGAGAAAUCGCGGACCUCACUGGCGGAUAUGAUCUCGCGUUCUACAUCGCCACAGGCGUGGCCGUCAUCUGCGGUUUCUUUCUAGUGUUUGUGAAAUGUCUUCUCCGGUAGCGUGUGUGCAUAUGGACAUCUAAUUGUAAUGAAACGUGUUUAAUAUAUGCAUCUGAAAUAAUUUGGUCUAAUACAGGGGCACUGGAAAAUGUGUCCUCUUUGUUUCUGAAGUAUAAAUAAACUAUAAACAAACAGGUUUCCUGAAUAACAAAGCAUAGUCAAGUAUAGAAAGGUUUCGAGUAAGUUGUGUAAAAAUGUUUCGUUAGGCCAGCAAAAUAAAACUACAUGAUAUGUAAAAACUCAUCUUAAGCAUGAUUUAGGAUGUCUUAUAUGUUUUGGUAUUUAAAAGAAUGCAAUAAUUGUUUUGCACCAUAUUAAUAAA